CGCUCGGGCUGCCGUGGAAGCGACUUGGCGCAGGACAGAGAGAGACUGACUUUAACGAUGUGCGACUUGGGCUUCUUACAUCCCCCCGCGCUCUGCUAGCAGCCCCUACACACUCGGCUGUGGAUAAAACUGUCAGCUUGAUGCCACACUGACUGCCAGUUCUAUCAAUUCGACUUAAAGAGGAAUGACUAUUUUAGAGUGUCCUGUCGCCAACCUUGACGAUCGCUUCUUAGGAGAAUGGUGAGAGGGUGGUUUUCUCUGUCAUUGACUUUACUGAUGAAUUUGGGAUAAAUGAGGUCCGGGGCUUCUGUUAAGAGGUUGGAAUGGGGGGAUUGAUGGGUGAAGGGAAGGAUCGGCUGGACACCUUCAAACUUCACGUGUGCGACCCCCAGCUGAGGAACAGCCAGGUAAUGCGACUGCGACUGAACACAGAUGGGUCACUCAUAACAAUACCCUUAAUGCUGUAGCCCAGCUCAGCAGAUCCUCCGCGUAAAUCCUAAAGCCUGCCGGGCUGCAGCUUUUGGAAUCGGAUGUAGGUGCCCGAUACGCACCGGAGUUUCUUUAGGUCGCACGAUCUGCUGGAUUGUUAAAAGUGCUUCUGCACAGUCAACAGUUCUAGGCUCAUUCGGGCACAGUCAACAGUUCUAGGCUUAUUCGGCUGAGCUGCUCAUGGUGCUCUUGAAAUUCCGCACUAAUAUCAUUGAGGUGCAACUGCCGAUUUACCCAGGCUGCUGUCCACGGUGCUGAAGUCAGGGCAUCUCCAUAGGAUUCUGCGCAAGGAUUCGGCCGGUGCGCUGUCCAUGGUGCUGAAAUCCGCUCAGCAAGUGAACAGCACUUGACUAGCUAACUGCCGAUUUCACAGCAGCCGACUAGCUGUCCCCCGGUAACCCUGUCUGACUGGGAACCAGAAACAUUCAAGCAGACAAUACAUAGGAUGCUGCUACUGUCCAGGAUCCGACAGCAGCACAAAUACAACAUCAUUUUUGCACAAAGGUUUAGUGCCUCCCACUGGGUAUAAGUGGCAGUGAGUAGAGACUAUCAGAGCCUGAGAGGUAAGGGGAACAACAUAACUGGAGUGUUAGACUUUAUUUCCCUUUCUUCUGCUCUCAGUGUGUGAAGGGCCACAUUCAGACUAGGCCAAACUGAACCUGCUUUUGGGGAAAGUUUGUCUGUAUCUCAAACAGCUGAUCUUAAAUAGAUUUACUCAGCCUAAACACUAGCCAUCUAUAUUUAUGCAAAAUGACUGUCAGGCAUUGAACUGCUCACUUAACUGCAAGAUAAAGACAAAAAAAGUGCAAAGAACCUGUAUACCUUUUUUUUACCAAAGGACCUUGGUAGAAGGUUUCGUCAGUGUCCAUACGGUUGGCUGACCCAGGCAACUCUCGUUUCACCAGUGGGAGGAGUGAUCACGCUCUGCCCCCGAGGACCUGGAGAUCAAACUCAGUUCUGGAUUGCUACAUUCCAUGCUGUGGUCACCAGGGAAGGAUCUAACAAUCAAGGGGAAACUGGAGCUGCUUAGCAGGGGACAAGGACAGUCAUGGGGAAAUGUGACUGGAGAACUGUCCUGGAGAAAACAGCUCUACUCCUGUCCAUCAUCACCAGCUUCAGGGUCAGCUCCAACCACCUCUCCGACAACCAAGUUGUGCUUCUUGAUACUACAACAGCAAUUGGUGAACUGGGAUGGAAAACAUAUCCAGUAAAUGGGUGGGAUGCAAUCACAGAAAUGGAUGAAUACAAUCGGCCCAUUCAUACUUAUCAAGUCUGCAAUGUGAUGGAAGCAAACCAAAACAACUGGCUUCGGACAAACUGGAUAUCCCGUGAUGCAGCACAGAAAGUGUUUGUGGAAAUGAAAUUUACACUAAGAGACUGUAACAGCAUUCCCUGGGUUGUGGGAACAUGCAAAGAAACAUUUAAUUUGCACUAUAUAGAGUCAGAUGAUGCACAUGCAGUCAAAUUCAAACCAACCCAGUAUAGUAAAAUUGACACCAUUGCUGCUGAUGAGAGCUUUACACAGAUGGAUUUAGGGGAUCGGAUUCUAAAACUUAACACAGAAGUACGAGAAGUGGGGCCUAUCACCAAGAAAGGAUUUUACCUAGCUUUUCAGGAUAUUGGGGCCUGCAUUGCUUUAGUCUCUGUGAGAGUCUACUAUAAAAAAUGCCCCUACAUGGUGCGGAAUUUGGCAAUGUUUCCAGAUACUAUUCCCAGAGUAGAUUCAUCGUCACUUGUGGAAGUACGAGGUUCUUGCAUAAAAUAUGCGGAGGAACGAGACACUCCCAAAUUGUACUGUGGAGCUGAUGGUGAUUGGCUUGUUCCUCUGGGACGCUGUGUCUGCAGUAUUGGAUAUGAGGAAGUGGAUGGAUCUUGCCACGCAUGCCGCCCAGGAUUCUACAAAGCGGUUGCUGGGAAUAUCAAAUGUUCCAAAUGUCCUCCACACAGUUUCACCUAUGUUGAGGCAACAACCGUGUGCCAGUGUGAAAAAGGUUUCUACAGAGCUGAGAAAGACCCUCCAUCUAUGGCAUGUACAAAACCACCUUCAGCUCCAAGGAAUGUAAACUUUAACAUGAAUGAAACUGCUCUUUAUUUAGAGUGGAGUCCACCUAUUGACACUGGUGGAAGAAAGGAUCUCAUGUACAACGUACUCUGCAAGAAGUGCGAUCCAAGCCAAUGUGAACUCUGUGGUGGCGGAAUUCGUUUUGUUCCUGCACAUUCUGGCCUGCAAAAUGCUUCAGUCACUGUGCUGGAUUUCUUAUCUCAUGUGAACUACACGUUUGAUAUAGAAGCAACAAAUGGUGUUUCUGAACUUAGCUUCUUACCCAAACAGUAUACGUCCAUCAUGAUUGCAACUGACCAAGAAGCCCCUUCAUUAAUUGGAAUGGUGAGAAAAGACUGGGCAUCGCAAAACAGCAUUGCGCUCUCCUGGCAAGAACCAGACUAUCCUAAAGGGCUUAUUUUGGACUACGAGAUCAAGUAUUAUGAGAAAGACUACCCCCGGAUAGCGCCGGCAUUUUGGCACUACCUGCGGGUAGAAGAGCACGAGCAGCUCAGCUAUUCCUCUACAAGAUCCAAAGCUCCGAGUGUUAUUAUCACAGGCCUCAAGCCGGCCACCAAGUACACAUUUCACAUCCGAGUCCGCACUACUGCAGGGUACAGCGGCUACAGCCACAAGUUUGAAUUUGAAACUGGAGACGAGACAUCUGAUCUGGCUGCAGAACAAGGACAGAUUCUCGUAAUAGCCACGGCGGCUGUUGGAGGAUUUACACUUCUGGUCAUUCUCACACUGUUCUUCCUAAUCACUGGGAGGUGUCAGUGGUAUAUUAAAGCGAAGAUGAAAUCGGAAGAGAAAAGAAGAGCCAAUUUACAAAAUGGACAUUUGCAUUUCCCAGGUGUGAAAACCUACAUUGAUCCAGACACUUAUGAAGACCCUUCCUUAGCUGUCCAUGAGUUUGCCAAAGAGAUAGAUCCUUCCAGAAUACGCAUUGAAAGAGUGAUUGGAGCAGGAGAGUUUGGAGAGGUCUGUAGUGGAAGAUUAAAGACCCCGGCGAAGAAGGAAAUCCCAGUGGCCAUCAAAACUUUAAAAGGAGGAUAUGUGGACAGGCAGAGGAAAGAUUUUCUGCGAGAAGCGAGUAUCAUGGGACAGUUUGAUCACCCAAAUAUUAUCCGCCUGGAAGGUGUUGUCACAAAAAGCAGACCAGUGAUGAUUGUGGUUGAAUACAUGGAAAAUGGAUCCCUCGAUUCAUUCCUGCGGAAACACGACGGACAUUUUACAGUUAUCCAGCUGGUGGGAAUGUUAAGAGGAAUUGCCUCUGGAAUGAAAUACCUCUCCGAUAUGGGUUAUGUACAUCGGGACCUUGCUGCCAGGAAUAUCCUAGUCAAUAGUAAUUUAGUAUGCAAAGUUUCAGACUUUGGACUUUCUCGGGUGUUAGAAGAUGACCCAGAUGCUGCGUAUACAACAACGGGUGGCAAGAUUCCCAUACGGUGGACCGCUCCAGAAGCAAUAGCAUUCCGUAAAUUUUCUUCUGCCAGUGAUGCCUGGAGUUAUGGCAUUGUUAUGUGGGAAGUGAUGUCAUAUGGAGAAAGACCCUACUGGGAGAUGUCAAACCAGGACGUCAUUUUGUCUAUAGAAGAAGGCUAUCGGCUUCCUGCACCCAUGGGCUGCCCGGUCUCACUCCAUCAGCUAAUGCUUCAUUGCUGGCAAAAAGACAGGAAUAUUCGGCCCAAGUUUUCCGAUAUCGUUAGCUUCCUGGACAAACUUAUCCGCAAUCCCAGUGCUUUACACAUUCUCGUGGAAGAUAUCCUUGGAAUGCCCGAAUCACCAGGUGAUGCACCCGAAUACCAUUUUGUGGUCACAGUAAGUGAGUGGCUUGAAUCCAUAAAGAUGGGUCAGUAUGCCCAUCAUUUUAUGGCUUCUGGGUUCACAACGCUGGACGUGGUUUCAAGAAUGACAACUGAUGACAUAAGAAGAAUUGGCAUCACGCUCAUUGGACACCAGAGAAGAAUAGUGACCAGCAUACAGACUUUACGACUACAGAUUAUGCAUAUACAGGAAAAAGGAUUCCAUGUAUGAACUUAGUAGAAACAACUGUUUUGUGCCUCAGCAUUUCUUUAACAGAAGAUAUUCUUAUGCCUCAUUUUGGACUUUUCCCCAUCUCUUGAUGAUCAAACUCCUUAUUAAAAAAGAGAGAGAAGAAAAUGCUUCCAAAGUGGGGAUUUUAAAACAAAACAUUACUCAGAAAUCUACUAUUGACCUACUAUCCUGGGCCCUACUGCAGACCUACUGCUUCCUGGUAGUGAAUGACAAAGAAUGGAUGGACUUGUUUGAUGGUUCAUGGUUGGCUUUGGACUCAAUUUGGGUAAUUCUAGCUUCUUGGUUGAAGAUCUCCUGCAGGACAUGGUGGAGGCUGUUGACUUACCCUUGUUACACAACAUACCGUUUACACUAUAAAAUGCACAAUUUAGAAUAAGGAUGCAAAUAUAAAACUAUAUACAGUAGCUGACGAAUACUAACCAGCUAGCCCAAAACACAAGUUGAUCAUAGUUGGUUGGUCCAGGUUCAGAGGGAGGUGGAACAUCAGGCAACUUGCCAGACAUAAGUGAUGGUUUGAUAAAGUGAGCUUGUGUGUGUGAGACUAUUUCAGAUGAAACAAGUGUACUUCCUAAGGCCCAGGACUAAAUUAUACCUGUAAUGCUCUAUAUUCUUGUACUUUUACAGUUUAGAAUCUAAAAAUUGUCUUCUAGUGUUUUUAUUAAAUCUCUGCCUCUUAAAACCCUUCCAUAGAAAGUCCUGGGGGAUGGUGUAGCCCUGCAGGUAGGCUGUGCAGGUAAUAAUUGCUGGUCCUUUGUUUUCUAGGAUAUUUAAAAGCACACAGAAAAAUAGAUUAGCAGAUAUCAUAUGUAUAUGUGUUUCAGUAUUAAGUCUUCUUAAUGAUUACAUAUAAAAUAUUUAUAUGAAGCUCAAAAAAUAUUUAUGUUUCCUUUUCGUGCAUAAUGGCAUAACGUGCCUUUUUAUGGGGUCUUCUAUUUAACAAAGAGUUGCUGCUUCUAGGAGGCCCAAUCAGUACCGAUUCCAGUUUAUAUUAGAUUUUUUUUCUCAUUGCAAACACUAUUUUCUUUAAUCCACUUAUUAUUAUCUUAUUAUUAUAUGUCAGGGAGAAUUAUUCUUUAGCAACAAAAACUAGUAGGCACGGAAGACUUGAGCUAGCGAAGAGGGAACCCAAGCAAUGCAUGAAGUAAAGAGGCUCCAUAUGAGGAUUAUUAUAUAAAUCACUGAUAAUCAUCGUGAAGCCUUCUAGCUGUUCUUCAACUAAGAUUAUAUUACAUGUGUACAUGAUUAAAACAUCUAAUAAUUGUCACACUUGAGGUUUCUCAUACACAUUAUACACCUUGCAAUCCUACAACCAUGGGGUAUAUUUAUCAAAGCCAGCGCUAGCGAAAUUUUGUUAGUGAAUUUGCCCCUAGAGGGCUGUGGCAACCUCUAAUUUCACUCUUUGAUAAAUAUACCCCUUAGCCUUUAAUUGUUGAAAUGUGGUCCAAUCCAAACCAACUCGUACAGAAACUAAAAGUAUUGGUUGGGCCCUUCAAGAUUCGAUCUUAUUCAUCAGGAAUUUACAAGCUAAAGCUACUUCUUCUGUUUUAGAAUGUAUUAUAGUUCUUUGUUAUAUUGUAUAUUUUAUUUUAAUACCACCCCAAAGAAUGGAAAACUAAUGUAAAUUACAGAAACGUUAUAUUGUCAGCAAUAUUCAGAUAGAUAUAGUAGCUUAUAAGACUGAUGAUAUUACAGAUAUAAGCACAUGCGACGUAGGUGAGAUGUUCAAUGCAAAGUAUAGCUGUGGUUAUACAGAUGCUUAAUAAAUGAAGUGGGAUAGUUUUAUUCUAAAAUAAACCGAUAGCUUUCCUUAUAUACUUUAAUUUUAUAAUUGUGAUGUUAUUCAGAGGGCAAUGCCAAGUGUACUUUUUUAGUUUCUAAUAUUUGUCCAGUGAAAGCAGCUUCUUAAAGUCAAUGUAGACAUCUGUCUCUGUAGUCCGUAGAAUAAUAUGUCCUAUAGGAAUAUAAAUGAAGGACAUUUAUUCUUAUUUGCUGUAAAGGAAAUAAAGUAAGAACUAGGGUGAAAGAUAAUCACCACUUUAGACUCCAGGGUAACUUUUGAAAAAUUAGCAAAAGGUAGGGCAUAUUUCAUCAUUUUAGCACACAUUUUGUCUAUUUGUACCCCCAGAGAUCUAGGAAGUAAUAUGGCAUGUAUUUGGCAUGUACACAAAACAGCUCUGAAUCCAUACUAGGGUGGCAUGGGGGCUCUUACUCUUACUGAUCUCCAUUCCAGUCAAUGUCAUAUUUACAGGGUUUAGAGGGUGAGAAAAGCAUUCCGCAAAUGGGAGUUAAAAUCAAUAAAAAGACUUUAUUUUGUACUAUUAACAAACAAGCAUCAGUUACAGAUGUACUUCCUGCUUAAAGGGCAUGUAAAGUCUAAAAUAGAAUAAGGCUAGAAAUGCUGUAUUUUGUAUGCUAAAUAUAAACAUGA